AUGCUGCUGUUCAUAUUGUUUCAUUCUCUCAUACUUCUUUUCGAUCUAAAUCUAUUCCUCCUGCAUUUUUCUUUCUUUCUUUCUUUCUUUUCUUUCUUUCUUUCUUUCUUUCUUUCUUUCGUUCUUUCUUUUCUUUUCUUUCUUUCUUUCUUUCUUUCUCAGCUUUGUUUGAUUCUCCAAAUCUUUUUCAUUCGUCCUUCUUUUCUUUUCUAUUCUUUUCUUUCUUUCUUACUUUCUUUCUUUAUUACUCUCUUUCUUUCUAUCUUUCUUUUUUUCUUUCACAGAUUUGUUUGUUUUCCCAAAUCUUUUCAUUCAUCCUUCUUUCUUUCUUUCUUUCUUUCUCAGUUUUGUUUGAUUUCUCAAUUCUUUUUCAUUCGUCCUUCUUUUCUCUUCUUUCUUUCUUUUUUCUUUCUUUCUCAGCUUUGUUUGAUUCCACAAUUCUUUUUCAUUCGUCUUUCUUUCUUUCUUUCUUUCUUUCUUUCUUUCUUUCUUUCUUUCUCAGUUUUGUUUGAUUACUCAAAUCUUUUUCAUUCGUCCUUCUUUUCUCUUCUUUCUUUCUUUUUUUCUUCUUUCUUUCUUUCUUUCUUUCUUUCUUUCUUUCUCAGGUUUUUCUUAAUAUUUCUUUCUUUCUUUCUUUUCUUUUCUUUCUUUCUUUUCUUUCUGUCUUUCUUUCCCGUUUCCAUCGCUACAAAAAUAUUUCUUUCAUUCUUUUAUUUAUUUAUUAUUUCAUUGAACAGUCUUUCCAAGUCAGUCUUUACCUUGAUAUAUAACGCUAGAUUUGCAUCUAUCUAUCUAUCUAUCUAUCUAUCUAUCUUUUAUUUAUUCAUUUGUUUAAUGUCUAACUCAAUCUGUACCUUGAGAAAUACAAUUAUAUUUGCUUCUUUCUUUUUUCUUAAUUUAUUUCUUUAA